UCCCUCUCUUUCUCCCUUCACACACGUACGCAUACACAGACACGUGCAUGCAUGCACAAAAACGUGACACACCCACACGUGUAAACUCAGAAACAGUCACGUACAUACACAUACACACACGUAUUUUUACGUACACGUAAGAGAUGAGGCAGGCGGGUACGUAUUCGGGUCUUCUAUCGGGUGGGAUAUCGGGUAGGACCGGGCCCCACUCGCUGCCGCUGGCUAGGAUAAAGAAGAUAAUGAAGAAAUCAGGGGAGGAUGUGAAGAUGAUCUCCGGCGAGGCGCCAAUCGUCUUUUCAAAAGCGUGCGAGCUCUUCAUAGAGGAGCUGACGUUGAGAUCUUGGAUGGUGACGCUCCAAAGCAAGCGACGGACGCUCCACAAAGACGACAUUACCGCCGCCGUCAUCGCAACGGAUAUCUUUGACUUCCUCGUUCAGAUGGUGUCAGAUUCCGGUAGCCGUGGACCAGCUCCCGCAGAAAUGGAAACAUGAAAAUGAAAACCUACACCUCUCUCUCUCUCUCUCUCUCUCUCUCUCUCUCUCUCUCUCUCUCU